AUGCAGGGACAGAUACCACGGGCACGAAGUGACUCUCUUGAGGAUAUCCUGGAUAAUACAUCACAGUCCAGGCGGCGCCGACUACACCCCACAGACCAAGACUCGAAGCAAAAACGACGUGACGUAUUACCUUUCCAGGGUGAUACUGAAGAGCUUCCGCCACUGAGCUGGACCCUAAUAUGGAAGGGGACCUACAGCAACCUGUUUGAUGGUACAUUUAAGGAUGAUCUCCGCAGCUGGGGAUACAUUAUGUGGGAUGCGGCACGACUUGAGCGCACAGGCGCCAGGGAGGUCUUGCAUCGGCAGUGGAAAGCGUGUUGGAAAGAUGUUGACCCAAGGAAUAGGCUGCGGUACGCCAAUUAG